AUGAAGGUUUUCCUGGUCUUUGCUCUGGCUGUUGCGUCCGUUUCCGCUGGGCUCCUGCCCCUGGAUACUCCAAUGCAUCCUCGCGACAUUGAAGCAGCUCCAUCCAUCAAUGGUCGAAUUACAAACGGAAAAAACGCAGCGGAGAACCAGUUUCCCUACCAGGUGGGACUCAGUUUCACCGGCUCUUCUGGCAGUUGGUGGUGCGGAGGUUCCAUCAUCGCAAGUUCGUGGGUCCUUACGGCUGCCCACUGCACCAAAGAUUCGUCUUCCGUAAAAAUUUAUUAUGGAUCCACCGUUCGCACCAGUCCGAAACUGACCCACACGGUUUCCAGCUCCAACUUCCAACAGCAUGCCAACUUCGACUCGGCAACCCUAAACAACGAUAUUUCUCUGAUCAAGACCCCAUCGGUUGCCUUCUCGGCUUCCAUCAACAGGAUUGCUCUGCCCGCCAUCGCCAGCAGCUACUCGACUUACUCGGGACAGACUGCAGUGGCCUCCGGAUGGGGCAGGACCUCCGAUACCACCACUUCUGUGGCCAAGAACCUGCAAUACGCCGAUCUGACGGUGAUUGCAAAUUCAGUGUGCCAGCAGUCCUAUGGAAGCAAAGUGGUCAGGAGCGGAGUCAUCUGCGUGUCCUCGGUCAAUGAGGUCUCCACCUGCAAGGGCGAUUCCGGCGGUCCUUUGGCCUUGGACAGUAAGCUGAUCGGAGUGACCUCCUUCGUUUCCUCCAAGGGAUGUGAAAGGAAUGCCCCGGCUGGUUUCACCCGCGUUACCAGCUACUUGGACUGGAUCAAGAGCAACUCCGGAGUUUCGGCUUAG